AUGGCGGUAGCUGUCCAGCUCGUGCCCCUGCUCCUGCUGGUGGCUUCGGCCCUGGCGCGCUACACUCCAAGCUACACGCCACGCUACACCCCGGAUUGGGACAGCCUGGACGCCCGGCCGCUGCCCGCCUGGUUUGACGAGGCCAAAUUCGGCAUCUUCGUGCACUGGGGAGUCUACUCCGUGCCUGCCUGGGGAGAAUGGUUCUGGUAUUACUGGAAGGGUUUUAAAGACCCAGAUGCUGAAGCUUUUAUGCGCAACAACUACCCUCCCGGCUUCUCCUACGCGGACUUCGGCCCCCAGUUCCAGGCUAAGUUCUUCGACCCCAAAAAAUGGGCGGAAAUCUUCGAGGCGGCGGGGGCCAGGUAUGUGGUCCUGACCUCCAAGCAUCAUGAAGGCUAUACAAACUGGCCCAGUCCUACCUCUUGGAACUGGAAUUCUAUGGAUGUAGGGCCCCACAGGGAUCUGGUGGGAGAAUUGGGACCUUUCCUUCGAGAAAAGAAUAUCCAUUAUGGACUGUACCACUCACUUCUGGAGUGGUUUCAUCCCUUCUAUUUGCUUGACAAGCAAAACAACUUCACAACCCAGAACUUUGUGGCUGCAAAAGUCCUACCAGAAUUGGUCGAUCUUGUGAACAGAUACAAACCUGACCUGAUCUGGUCUGAUGGAGAAUGGGAAGCCCCAGACACUUACUGGAAUUCCACUGAGUUCCUCGCCUGGCUGUACAAUGACAGCCCUGUUAAGGAUCAAAUUGUGGUCAAUGACAGAUGGGGAAAAGAAGAUCCAUGUAAUCAUGGGGGUUACCUUACUUGCCAUGACAAGUACAAGCCAAAAGUUCUUCCAAAACGCAAAUGGGAGAUGUGCACCACCCUUGAUAAACGGUCCUGGGGAUAUCGGCGAACCAUGGAGAGUAAGGAUGUUCUGACUAAAGUAGAAAUCAUUUGGGAACUAAUUGAAGUUGUGGCCUAUGGAGGCAACUAUCUCAUUAACGUUGGACCCACAGCAGAUGGAAUCAUUCCCCCCAUCUUUGAGGAUAGGCUUCGUUCUGUGGGAAGCUGGCUAGAGAUCAAUGGAGAAGGGAUCUAUGGUUCCAAACCAUGGAGGGUUCAAACUGACACUUCUGACAGGAAUAUAUGGUACACGGCAAAGGGAUCUACUGUGUAUGCCUUCUUCAAAUCAUGGCCGGUGGAUAAUGGUCUAUUUCUGAUCUCUCCUAUACCAACAAAUGACACAGUGGUGUCAUUGUUGGGAAUUCCAAGAUACAUGAAUUGGUUCGUAACCGUAGGAAUUGAAGGCAUCCAAGUUUCCAUGCCUCUAUUCUGUAAAAAAUUUGAUCUCAGACAUAUGAAAAUCUGGACUCUCAGACUAGACAACGUGAUAUGA